AUGAAACAUCGAGUACGAUCAUUUCAUCCGUUAGCACCGUCAACUGUAUUUACAAGUGCCACAGCUGCGGUAAUUCCAGCUCUCAAAGUGUAUAUCAUGAUUGCUGCUGUUAAAAAGCUCGUAGUUGGAUCUGCGUCUCAGGACCUAAUUCAUUCAUUGGAUGAGAACUGGGCUCCUAGCUAA